AUGUUGUUUACAGCGAUCGCAAGAGAUGUGGUGAUCCUCGUGGAAUGGUCCGACACGAAGGGGAACUUCUCGGCGGUGAUAAGGUCUAUCUUGCCGUCUCUGGUGGCAUCUAGUAAAACUGGCCCGGUAGUAGGGGCCCGCCAGGAAGGCAAGUCGAGUGUGGCCGUUCUGGGGAGUGCGGGAAUGUCUACGACUAGUAUCUCUACGACUAGUAUGGCUACGACUAGUAUGUCUACGGCUGGUGCGACGGGUACAACGCGAAAAGACGCGUCUUUGGUAUCUUACUUGUACGACAGUCAGUAUGUCUUUCACAUAUACGAAGAAUUCGAUUUGCCGAGUAUUCGUUAUAUCUGUUUAGGGGAUAAGUCGCGUGGCGUACGGCUGCCCUAUCGCUACCUGAUGGGCCUGGCGGCAGAGUUCAAGACGCGUUACGGGUCCCGGACUCCUUACGAAGCCUUGCCUCUGUCGCUGACCCGGCAAUUCGCGCCCACCAUUGCGCGAUUGAAUAAGCAUUACUCUCAAGUUUACGCCGCCAACGACUACUACAAAUACAACACUAGUGCAAUGUCCACCAUUGCCCGGGCAUCUUCGCCCAACAAGGCGGCAUCCCCCCAGAGAACAAUGGCCGACCAUAAUGCAGGAAAUAAAAACGGCAAAAACGUGAUCAUUCUUGAAGACCAAUCGCGCCGGCCUAAUCUCGCUGGACCCCGUCCCGACUCCCUGGACCAACCCCUACUCGAACAACCUUUACUCGAAGAAAGCUUAUUUGAAGAACCCUCGCCGAAUCAGUCACGAUUCAAAGAUCCGCUGCGUGAAAGCACCAGUCCAGCCAACACCGCCGACGGCACCACCGUUGGGAGCGCUGAACAGGUACUCGAACGAAAGAUCGACGAGAUCAAUAAUGUCCUAAUUCAGUCUUUAGACAAGAUCAUCAACCGCAAGGAACGAAUCGAUCUUCUCGUCGAAAAGACUUCUAAUAUCCAACGUGCUUCAACCAAUUUCGCUCGCUAUUCAACCAAGAGUAACCAACACGACCCGUCACCAAAACACAGAGCAUGCUGCGUCAUCAACAUGACAAUCUCCUUGACCUACAUAACCAACAUGUCCUUAGGAUCCAAUUUGGGACCCGUCCGACGGAUCCAGGACUGGCUGGCCAGACGUAGACUGCUCUUCGGGUCCAUGGUAUUGAUCGGGGGCAUUAGCUUGCUAGUAUUCACAAUAGAAACGAAAUAA